GAUUAAAAAAAAAGAUUUAUCAGUUUCAAGGUUCUCUCUCUCUCUCUCUCUCUCUCUCUAAUAGAAAGCCCUGGUCUUUCUACUUGUCUGUUUCUCCUUCUCUCUACCCAUCUGCGAAUUUGCUGUGCUCUCAAUUCCUCUUUCGAUCGACAAUCGGUUGGAGAUCUUCAUUUGAGAUCGAAUUUUAGGAACAGAAUUGUGAAUUUAAUGACAUGAAAUGCAGUUGAGGGAUUGCAAUUUUUUAAGAGAGCAAAAGAAAUCCUAAAAUUGCAGCUUGAAGAAGCCAAUAUAGGAUUUUUACCAGUCCUGCUAUAGCAGGAUGUCAGUUAGGCGAGAAGAUACAGCUUCAAAACCAGAUGAGCUUCAGAUCGGCUCUUCAUGGAUUCCGGCAACCCCAGCUAAAGCCACUUUGACACCGAUCUGCACAAAUUGGGGAGAAAAUCAGACUGAGCAGGCAAAUUGCCUAGAGAGGGAAAGAUCAGCUUCCACUACUCAGGCGGCUCAAGCAAGUGUCCUUGGGUCGGAAGAAUUUGUGCAACACACACAAAGCCAGAUAGACCCUGCAUAUUAUGCUUCAAUGAGUGUUAACAAUGCAAGUCCAGUUCCCAACUGGCACACGAGCAUGACCACCUGUUCCCAAGUUUUUAAGGAUAAUUUGAUUGCUUUCGAGAGUUGGGCAGCCGGAGAGCCUGCCAAUUCCCACCUGUUUGGAAAAGGUUCCAGCACGUAUGAUAACCUCUCUACAACUAUGAAUGACCCAGAGCAAUGGUCAAAUGUCUCAUUUGGGAGUCUGAUGAAAGUGAUUGGCGAGAACACUGAAAAGGGGAAUGCCUUCAAGCAGAGUAAUUUUGUCACAAGCAGCAGUGCCUUUUUUAACCCUCAGUUUGACCAUAGUUUGCUAGAAGAACCACUUGACAGGAGUGGGGUUUCAACUUCCAGUUUUCAUCCGGGAGUUGAGGGAAGGCAGUUCACCAUGAGCUCUGGAAGUACUUCCAUGCAAGAUCAACACACCAUGCUUGGAGCAAAUUUUGAUGCUGAAUGGAGAAUAGUAAACACUGUCACUGAUAGCCAUUCAAUCCCCUCUCGGAACUUACUCGAUCUUAAUUCACCACCCAGAAUGAUUACUGAUGCAGCUAUGAGAAAGAGUACUCUGUGCCAGUUUGCACCUAUAACACCAGAGAAGGCAAACAGAGACGGCCAGCAGGAGUCUGCAAUUAAACAUCCAACCAUAGAUGAAGCACCUAUGGGAGAAAAUGACAUCAUCAGGGAAGGAGUGAUGCGACUACAUGAGAAGGGAAUGUCCCCUCUGGUGAACGAUCAAUUGAGUGAAGUCACGUCAACAGAGUUGCAGGAGAAUCACAAGCCUGACAAGGGAGGCAUGGAUGAAGCUUAUUUGCUCAAAACCCCUCAGCAGAAGACUAGGAGGAAAAAGCACAGACCAAAGGUCAUAAUUGAAGGUCAAAAAAAGAGAACUCCUAAAUCAAGUGUGCAGAAGACUAGUGCUCCUCAGGACACCACGAGAGUCAAGAGGAAGUAUGUUCGGAAAAAUUUUGUUAGCAGUCCCUUAGGAGGGGAAACCAAUGGAACAGAGCCUAUUAAUAAAACACCUAGUUCUAACGAAACUCCAGUAAGAAAGAGAAAGUACAGAAAAAGAAAAGGAAACAGCAACUCUGAAGAUGAUACUGAUAUGGAAACAACUGAAACUACAGAAAUACAGGGGGCGCAGCGUACUCGAAGAUCCUGCCGGAGAUCUCUGAAUUUCAACUCGGACAACCCAGUAAGAGAUGCUAUCUCCCCAGAUUGCCCCACUUCAAAUUGUGAAAGGGAAAUGCGAGCUAGGAACUUUGGCCCAAAAGACCGACCAGAAACAGAGAAGCGUCCCCAGAACCCCUUGCCGGACACAUUAAAUGGAAACCACAUGCCCACAGAUCAAAGUUUGUCUACCAUAGGGAAAUGCCAAAUAGUAUUCUCAAACGUUACACAUGAUAAAGAGGCUAAUACUGUUAGAGUGAGCAUGAAUCCUCAUGGCCAACUGACACCAAAAAGCCCCAGUGACUCCAUCAACAGCAGCACAUGUUUAAAAAGACAAAACAUUGAUAAACCUGAGGAAGCAGCACUUGGCAAUAGAAAUGAAUCAGGAAUAUUGUAUAAUUCUCUGCAGGCAUACCUUUCUUCUUAUACACAGAAUGCAGAUGGUGGCAUACCUGGAUUGUGUUUUCCAGCUAUCUAUAAAAAAAAGAGGACAGAGAAGGUAUACAGUACAGUAACAUCCAGCAUGCAGACUACAUCGUACUCGGACAAUGGUGGGAAACUUGAAAGACAAACUCUCACAGAUUCUUGCAAAAAUCUGUUUAUGUCACAGACUAAUCAGGGAUCUUAUGGUGCUCAAAGUCAGGGUAUUAGUCUGCAAACAACCAAAUAUGCAACUGAUGGCAUUCAGAAUGGAAAGCAGGUUUUUGAAGAUCUGUUAGCUUUAGGGUGCAUGCAAAACUUUAAGAGGAGAAGAUCAAAAGCCCCUACUCGCCAGAGGAAUGUAGCUUCACUGAUGGAAAAGUGUAAACAAUGGCCAAAUUUUCCGAGCAGAGCUGCAAAAGUUUCCAGAAAUCAAAAAAAUAUUGAAACUCUCAACGAACCACUUACAUGCAUUGAAGCUCUUGUGGCUGGAACCCGAUCAACAAUGGCAACCAAGAAGCGCUCAAAGAGAAGCAUGCUUAUCCAUUCAACAGUGCAAAAUUUGUAUAAUCACCAAAACUUUGGUGGCACUUCAAUGGGACCACCACUGGCUCUAACAUGGAAAAGCAUAUCUCUAGUUGAUUCAAUCACUGAUAAACUCAGACGACUAGAUCUAAAUGCCGAAAGCAGAGUAACACAAGAAAAGUAUAAUGCAUUUCUCGGAAAAUAUUCUAAAGGGAAUUAUGCUCUUGUUCCAUAUCAGAAUUCUGGAGCUGUUGUCCCUUUUGAUGCUUCAUUUGAUCAAGUGAGAAGAAGAAAACCAAGGCCUAAGGUUGAACUUGAUGAUGAGACAACAAGAGUGUGGAAACUUUUGUUAGAAAAUAUAAACAGUGAAGGCAUUGAUGGGACCACUGAGGAAAAUACAAAAUGGUGGGAAGAAGAACGACGAGUGUUCAUUGGAAGAGCAGACUCGUUCAUUGCACGCAUGCAUCUUGUACAAGGAGACAGACGUUUUUCUCCAUGGAAGGGAUCAGUUCUUGACUCAGUAGUUGGUGUUUUCCUAACUCAGAAUGUUUCAGAUCAUCUUUCCAGCUCUGCCUUUAUGUCACUUGCUGCUAGAUUCCCUGCCAGGCCAAGCAUCCACUCUGAAGAACUACACAGUGAAAGAUCAGAUGCUGCAACCAAUGACCCUGAAGUCUGUGCGCUUGAUUCUGAUGGGACCUUUAUUCUGACCAAAGAGAUCUUAAAUGAGACAGAUUGCAACGGCAAUACUAAAACACUUCAAGAUUUUAAAGACAGCAGUAUUAGAGAAUCAAACAGUAUGAAGCCCUCUGAGAAUGCUUCUGGCAGUGACAGUUUUCUACAAGGCAACUUCAGAGGUCAAUCGACAGAUACUUCUCUUGCUCCCAUUAUUUCCUGUGAAAUUGUAGCAAACAGAUCCAUGAGUUCGAACGAGGAUGGCAGAGACACAGAAGACACCCUUUCUUCUCAGACUCCAGAGAUUUCUUCUCAGAACUCUGCAGUUUCGCCAAUCGCACAAACCAAUGGAAAAAGUGAUUCAUGCUUAUUGAGCACCACAGAAGAAGAGCCAAAAGCUGGGGUUAAACCAAAUUGGUUGACUAGCCAGACAUCAUUCGUAAAGCUUCUACAGAUUGCAGACAAUGUAUUACAUGGGAAUCAUGGAGAAGGCAGUGACAAAAGAAAGCCUGAAGAAAUAUGCUGUAUACCAUCAGAAAGCUUGCCUUGCAGCUUGCAGAAUGAAGAUCAUUGCGAAAAUCUUACAGUGCCUGCUAGAACUGUUGCUGUGCCAGAUUUGGGAGCAAAAUCACCAGGCUUUGACAUGCAUCAGAAAGACAGCAAGUUCACAGAUAGUUCCAGCGAGAAAGAACUUUGUGGGGCUGAAAUUAGUGACCUGUCUUCAGAAUCUGCAUCAGGAACAACAUCACAGAAGUCCACUAUAAGUUUUGGGGUUCCAGAUCUUCCCAAUACAAUUUCUCACUCAAGCAGCAAUGAGAAAAUUGGGAUAAAUCGAAUGAAAGUUGACAAUCAAAGAGCACAAGCACCAGCAAAGAGUAAGAUGCAGGGGGGUUCAGAAAAAAACGCCUAUCAAAAUCUGAUGGAUGCUACAGAUAGUAGUAGCAACAUUGACAAUUUAAAAAAAUCAGAGCAUAAGGAAGUAAACUCAAAUAAGAAUUACCUCAAUAGCCAUACUGAGCAGACGAUUAAUGGACCCAAAUCAAGAGGAAGAAUCAGUAAAGAGAAGGAGACCAAAGUUGAUUGGGAUCAAUUGAGAAAGCAGGCAAUCUUUGGUGGACGAAAAAGAGAAAGAACAGACUGUACCUUAGACUCGGUGGAUUGGGAUGCCAUUCGAUGUGCAGAUGUUAACGAGAUCGCUCAAACUAUUAAAGAAAGGGGAAUGAACAAUAUGCUGGCAGAAAGAAUCAAGGAUUUCCUCAACCGCCUAGUUAGAGACCAUGGAAGUAUUGAUCUGGAAUGGCUUAGGGAUGUUCCACCAGAUAAAGCAAAAGAGUACCUAUUGAGUGUAAGAGGUUUGGGUUUGAAGAGUGUGGAGUGUGUACGGCUUUUGACUCUUCAUCACCUUGCCUUUCCAGUCGACACCAAUGUUGGCCGUAUAGCAGUACGAUUAGGGUGGGUACCUCUUCAGCCAUUGCCCGAGUCACUUCAGCUACAUCUACUAGAACUGUACCCUAUAUUGGAGUCAAUUCAGAAAUAUCUGUGGCCCAGGCUCUGCAAGCUUGAUCAAAAAACACUAUAUGAACUACAUUAUCAAAUGAUCACUUUUGGAAAGGUAUUUUGCACAAAGAGCAGGCCAAAUUGCAAUGCAUGUCCAAUGAGGGGAGAAUGCAGGCACUUCGCAAGUGCAUAUGCAAGUGCAAGACUUGCUCUCCCAGCACCACCGGACAAAAGUAUUGUGUGCGCAACUGAAAAUAAGAAAGUUGAUCAAAAUCCAAUUCGAAGUAUGGAUACCUUGCAAUUGCCAUCUCCUCAAACUGAAGAAGUGGAUCCUAAAUCUAGAGUAGGCAACUUGCAGUUGACAUCUCAAACUGAAGAAAUGGAUCCUAGAUCUAGAGUAAGCAACUAUAUGCCCAUCAUCGAAGAGCCGCAAACACCAGAGCCUAUAAUCGAAGUUCCCACCACACCGGAACCAGAUUAUACGCAAGAUCCAGAAUGUGAUAUUGAGAGUGCUUUUGGUGAAGAUCCUGAUGAGAUCCCCACCAUCCAACUGAACAUGGAAGAGUUCACUCACAAUUUGCAGACAAUCAUGCAGCAAAAUUCAGAACUGCAGGAAGGAGAGAUGUCGAAGGCCUUAGUAGCUUUAACUUCAGAAGCUGCUUCAAUACCAGUACCAAAGCUUAAAAAUGUUAGCCGACUCAGAACAGAGCAUCAUGUCUAUGAGCUUCCAGAUUCGCAUCCACUACUAGAAGGGAUGGAUAAACGGGAACCUGACGAUCCUUGUCCCUACCUACUUGCUAUAUGGACCCCAGGUGAAACAAUGGAUUCUAUUGAACCACCCGAAAGAAGAUGCAGCUCCCAAGAACUUGAGAAGCUCUGCACAGAUGAAACUUGUGCAUCAUGCAAUUGCACACGAGAAGCAAAAUCUCAAACUGUUAGGGGAACUCUUCUGAUACCAUGCAGAACAGCCAUGCGAGGAAGCUUUCCACUAAAUGGAACAUAUUUUCAAGUAAAUGAGGUAUUUUCUGACCAUGAAAGCAGCCUAUCUCCAAUGGACAUACCAAGAAAGUGGUUAUGGAACUUACCAAGGCGAACAGUGUACUUUGGAACAUCAAUACCAACUAUUUUUAAAGGUCUGUCCACAGAGGGAAUCCAGUACUGCUUCUGGAGAGGGUUUGUCUGUGUUAGGGGCUUUGACAGGAAAACAAGAGCUCCUCGUCCCCUGAUUGCCAGAUUGCACUUCCCUGCCAGCAAGCUAGUCAAAGGGAAAGGGAAGACAGAUGAGAGCUAGGCAUAGACUGCAGUUAGUUAGGCCAUGGUUGAACAGUGAGCAGCUAAGAGCAAAUAGCAUGGUGGAUUUUCCUGUAUCAUAUAAACGAAUGUCUAGGUUGUACCCAUUGCGAAUUAUCACAUUUUAUUACCAACUACUGAAUCUUGGCAUCUUGUAGGGAUCUAGGAACUGCCGUUUCAUUUCAUUUGUUGCUUGCAAUAAGAUUAAUUGGAAUUUGAACAA